GAUGAAUGGUAGAGUUCUCAUAAGUGCAUGGAAAGUUUUCCGAUGGAUCUUGAAUCUCAACAAAGUUAUGACGAUCAGUGCCUCCCGUUCCCUCCCCUGCAUCGCCUGUGUCUCCGUCACCACCAGGGGCGCCUCACUGAAUAUAAGGAAAUAUGAAACAAGUUCCAAUCUUUGUGCUGUUGGCAACAUUGCUGCAGAUAUGUGUGGCUGAUAUAUAUAUGCAUAAUCCGAGAGGUUCAAACAAUCGUUACAAUGAGCGUGGACGAGGUAGAAACAAUGCAAAUCGCAUGUUUGAUUCACAGAAUAAUAACAGGGGAGGCUACAAUGUGGGCAACUUGUAUUACCAUGUUGGGUCAAAGCUACAACUUGAAUGGACAAACCAACAUUCUUGUGGUAACCAGAAUGCUCAUUGUGACAUCAUAAUCCAAUAUAUGUGUGGGGACUUGGUGCGAGACGGGACUGUCACAUCCACUAUCCCCACCAACCCCACUAUGUGUAAGAACCUGGAUUGCAACAACGACAAGACUUAUGGGAUGCACGAGGAUUUCUACAGCUACAUUAACUGCAGGUCAAGAGAGAGAAAUCGUGGGCUCUUUAAUGCAGAUAGAAAUCUAAGGACAAACCAAGCAACAAGAACUCGACAAAAUCAGAACGGGAACAGGCGCGGUUACGAAUGUCCUGAGGAGAGAGAUUACUAUCCUUACUGGCACCCAAUGCCUUGGAAGGAUAUCGCUGUUUUGACGAAUGAUGUCUCAAGAUGCCCCAUGUAUAAAACAGAGAGUCAGAACGUUAAGGAUAGAUAUGCUUGUGAUGUGGACAAUAACUACCUCUACAUGAGAUCCACCUCUAACUCAGGAAACAACUUGAUUCCGAUCACUAAAGAUGAAUGCGAGGCUUUCAAAUACACAGUUGGCAAUACACAGUAUAACGGCACAUGGAAGAGAUACCCCUCUCACGGGAUCGCCGCCCCUGUGUGUCACAUGAACCAAUGGUCACGUGAUAAUCAUCUCGGAAACACAGUGGGAGGACAAACGUUCAACUUUAAUUGGACGAUCCCUAAUGAUGUGAAUGAGAGAUGUGUAUUAAGAAUGAGAUACAACAUUUCAACCGGUGAUUACGAUCGCGACAACACAACUUCUCUCCAUAAUAAUCGGCGCAGAAGAGACGGACCUGGUCCCGAUGUUUGGUCUCGGCAAGGUCUUACGCAAGCAGAAGGCACGGCUCGCGGUUAUUUGUUCAGGAACAAUCCUACCGUUGAUAUAUUUGGCCUUGAUAAGUUGAAGCUACGACUAGCACUUGCCACUCAACAAUAUGGACGAACCUUCCAGGAUCGAAGCCACACGUUUGCCAUUCGACCAAGACCCCCUGGUGUGCCUGAAGGGGCAACAAUUGAUAAUGUUAAUGUGAGGGGAAAACGUGGGAAUAUUGUUCAGGUUUACCCUGGUGUUGAAUACGACUUUGUUCCGAACACCGUCCAACUUACAUCCGGUGGUUACGCUCAUAUACAGUGGACGGGAUCUGAUUCCAACCCCAAUAAUAAUGAUGGGCAAGGAAGGCAAGGAACGGAUAGAAGCAACAUGGUCAUGAUAAAAGCACCUGUCUACCCUAAAGGAGACCCGCUUACAAAGAUAGGAAGGUUUGGUCAGUUGUCAUCCAGCAUACCAGAGCAUUUAAACAUCGCAUCUAUCGGUGGAUUGCCGAUAUCUGAUCUCAAGUAUCUCGCUACACUUAGCAACAAACAGUUUGGUGGAGACAUGGAUGAAUUGAACGAAGCUGGAACUUAUUUUGACCUCGGUCUUCGUAAAAUCACAAGCACAGGCAUAUAUAGUUACAUGUGCACGAGGAACAAUAACUUCUCCAAUCGUAGCCAGAAGGGGAAGAUGGUGGUCAUUGAUUCAGCCGUAGCAAGCGAUACAAUUGAUAGCCAGGGUGGAGCCAUCACUGUAACUGGUGAAUCGCCCACCCUUAUGAGGGUACCACGUGGAGCAUUGACUGCACCCAUGUACAUGGAGUUAUGGGAACUCAGCAGUAACGAGUUCACGGUAAAAGUGUUGCCACCACAUAGUGACUUGGUGUCUGAUGUCGUCCAUGUUACACCAGAUGGUGAACUCUCGUCCAACGGAACACAAAUGCAAAUCGACAUGAAACUCAAGGAGGACGUCGGGUCCCUUUAUGAUGUCACAGUGUAUCGUUCAACUGACGGUACAACGUCAUGGGUACAGCUAGAAUCUAGCGGAAAAAGUGGAGGGAUUGUCUCAUUCCAAACUUCUUCAGGAGGCCACUUUGUGGCAGCAAAGAGCGUAGCACCAGGUCCUAUGGCAGGUCUAAUUUUGGGUUGUAUAGUCGCGUUUAUUCUCAUCGUUGUUGUUGUUGUACUCGUGCGACAAAACAAAAUCACACUUAAGGGUUAUGGAGGAAAAGUUUAGCUGGGGAAUACCCGGACACCCAUGACCUGGAAAACCCCUUGAUUCAUGUCUUGUUACGCAAAGUGACAUUUUAAAAAAACAAUAAAAAUAUUAAUUUUUAUAAUCAUCUGGCUAUUAAUGAAACUUCUUUUAUCUAAAAUUUUACAAUCUGAUGCCUUUUGUCUAAAAGUGAAGUUUUUACAAAAAAUGUUUUUUCUCAAAAACAUUAAAAAAUAUUUGUUUUUACAGCGAAGUUAUAACAUUUAAUAGAGCAUAGUAUGUCGAAUUGUCACAAAAAUUAUAAAAUCUUAACUUUUUUGUAUAUUUCUCUCUUGCACUUCUAUAUUCUCACUUUAGGGGAAUUCCGAGCACUUACAUAACAUGUUCCUAUCUUAAAUAUUAAUAAAUAUAUCUCAAAAUGCAAA